AUAUCAACAUGAUCAUGAUACAUUUUUAAAAAUUGCAUUUUGGUUUUUUGUUUAAGGUACAGUGGGUAUUUUCGGGUUUACAACGAACCGCAAGCGUUUGUGUAACGUUGAUUAAAGAUUGCAAUGGCGUUAACAAGAAAGGGAAACGUAAGGCUUCCUCCAGAAGUCAACAGGAUUCUGUAUGUUAGAAACCUGCCAUACAAAAUUACUGCAGAGGAAAUGUAUGAUAUAUUUGGAAAAUAUGGAGCCAUAAGACAAAUAAGAGUGGGCAAUACGACUGAGACCAAAGGAACAGCAUUUGUUGUGUACGAGGACAUAUUUGAUGCCAAGAAUGCCUGUGAUCACCUGUCGGGCUUCAACGUCUGUAACAGAUACCUGGUCGUGCUCUACUUCCAGCCAAACAAGGCAUUCAAAAAGACAGACGAUAACAAGAAGAAAGAAGACAUAGACAAAAUGAAACAAAAAUAUGGACUAUCAACUCCAGAGAAAAAGUGAAAACUGCAGUUCUUUGUUGAUAUUAUCAUGAACAUUCAUCCACCACUUUCAUAGCUCAUAGACCUCACUGAUUGAUCUGACAGGGAUGGAUAAUUAUUAUCCAAUACACAUUUUUCACAAGUGUAAAGUAUUCACAAACAGUGUCAAUCAAAUCAUGUGAGCAUUUUUCAUAUCUUUUAAAAGUACCGGAGGGACUGCACAACAUCAUUUUAGAUGUUUCGGAUUACAUGUAUAUAAUUUUGUUUGUAAAUCCCUUCGUUAUCAUCUUUUAAUUUCUAGUUUUCAAAUGGGAGAUGCAUUUUUCUCUCUGUUUUGGAUGAAACUAAAAUUGUUAAUUUAGGAAGGCAGCACAUUGUCCAGAGAUCUUUUAUUAUAUCAUAUGAAUAUUAGUGUCUGUUCAGAUUUUGCACUGUGAAUUGCAAAAUUGUUCUUUUUUUGUAAUAUUGUUGUCCAUAGAGCAAAUAAACUUAUAAAUACACUGUUAUGCUUGUUUGAUGUAAAUACUCAAAUAUUUAAUUAAGAAAAUAAAUAGCAAUGCUUAAAAGUU